CGUAUGAGACGUGCCUUCGUAUCGCUCCCUAUAAACUGAAUAUACAAAAUAAGAAAUAAUUGUUUUAAUUAAGCAUACCAUCAAGAUUUUGUGAAAUUCAGUAUGCCUCCAAAAACAACAGGUGACAUUAAAAAUGCUAUAAAAGAUUCGCUUCGAGAACUGCUCUGCGAUGAAGAAUUCAUUGGUAAUUUACUAGCCAAGGUCGAGGAAAAACUAGCUACCUUCCAAAAAACUGUUGAUAAACAUACCGAUGCGAUAAGGAUUCUUGAAGAGAAAAUGGACAAAGUUCAGCAGAACGAGAAGGUAAACAAUAUAUGUGUUUACAACUUGCCGGAAGAACAGGAUCGAGAUACAAGGGAAAUUUUCAUCCAACUUUGUAAGGAUAAAAUGAACAUCAAAAUACCUCAAGAAAACAUCGCUACAUGCUACAGGGUCGGCAAGGUCAGUGAGAAACCACGGCCAGUGAUCAUAAAAUUUCAGCAAUAUGCAGCGAAAAAAUUAGUUUUGAAGAAUGUUUAUAAAUUGAAAGGAACAAAGGUGGGCAUUGCGGAAGAUUUGACGAAGAAUCGUCUAAUACUAUACCGUUCGGCACAGGAAUUGACUUACAAACAAAGUGUUUUCACUAGAUAUGGAAAUAUUUAUGUGAAGAUAAACGAGAAAGUCCACAAGAUACCUGAUGUUAAAUCAAUGAAAAACUUGAUUGAAUGAUGAUGAGCUUGGAGAGUACAGUGGGCUGGACGCGAGAGAGAUUGAUGAUUUGGUAGAGGUACGUACGAUUUUUGAAGGUCCAAAUAGGUUGAACAUUGUUCAUUUGAAUAUUCGUAGUCUCCAUAAGAAUUUUGACGAACUGUUGGUAUAUUUGCACGCGAUGAAUCUUGAUGAGAUAGAUGUAUUGGUUUUGUCCGAAACUUUUCAACUUAAUAACGUGGAUAUAUUUCGAUUGCCUG